AUGGCAUACAGGAAAGUGUGUGACGCCCAGGGUGGCCCACUGGUCGGUGAGGGUCUGCACUGCUCUGGAGGUCUGGAUCUGGACUGGGACCUGGACAAGGAGGAGCUGCAGGAGCCAAGACCAAGCAUGGACCGAAUGCAGAUGCAACAUAUAGACUGCCAGAGAUCAGCGUGUUCAGACCCUGGACCUGAUCCUGACCCCGAGUUGAUGGAACCCAUCCAGCCGUCAGUUUCCGUUUCACCCCAUGGUCGGUUUGAACGACUCCAAGAAGAUCCGAACUACAUCUCCCACUUUACCAGGGCUCCUGCUCAUAAAGGUCAAAGACGACUCCACUGCUUCCUGCUCAGGUACUUCCUGGCUGCAGUGGGGCUUUUUGUCCUGGGUCUCCUCAUUGGCUGGUUCACUCACACGCAAAGCGUCAAACGUCCUGUGCCCCUGUCCGACAGCUCGGACCUGCUGGAGGAGCUGCUCAAAGGAAUCACAGCCGAAAAGAUUGAUGCUCUUCAGAAGUCUUUCUCCAGCCUGCCGGAUAACAGUGAGGAAGCCAGAGCCAGGUACCUCUACAGGCAGUGGGUUGGUCUCGGUUUGACUGACGUCCAUCUAUCCAAUCACACAGUCCUCCUCAGCCUGCCUGGUUCCACACCCAACACAAUCACUGACAGGUCUAGUCACCAGUGUUUCCUGCCAAACGGGACCCCUUGUGACCAGCGUGGCCCAAACGACCUGCCGAGGCAGCAGUUCUCUUACGCAGCCUACUCCGCUGUUGGAAGUCUACAGGGAGAGGUGGUGGAUGUUCAGUACGGGAGUGUGGAUGACCUGCGGAGAGCCAAAGACAGCCUGAACCUCACCAACCGGAUUGCCAUGGUCAAGCUUGGCCAAGCACCCUUGCUGUACAAGCUGUCCCUCCUCUCUGAGCUGGGUUUCGGGGGUGCCCUGCUUUACGUUGACCCCUGCGACGCCCCCCCCGGCCGCCACACCUGGAAUCAAGCGUUCAGAGUCACCCUCAACCCCGGAGGAAAUCCUGCCAUUGCUGGGCUGUCAAGAGAGGCUGGAGGAAGUCUGACAUCCCUGUUGGUUCAGCCAAUCUCUGCCUUCCUGGCCAAGAAGUUACUGUCCUCUUCAUCAGCAGGGCAAGGAGACUCCUGCGUUCCUCUUGCCAUGCCUGCCAACACAGAGCGAAAGAAGAUCACGCUGACGGUUGGCAGCCAGCUGUCCUACAAGAAGAUCUACAAUGUCGUGGGAUACCUGAAAGGAAGGAGGAACCCAGAUCGCUACGUGCUGGUUGGCAGUCGCCACGACAGUGACCAGAGAGGCGGGGCUUCAGCUAUCAUGAAUCAGCUCAUUGCAGCCCUGACAGAGCAGACCAAACAAGGAUGGGUGCCGGACCGUACCACUGUGUUUUGCUCCUGGGGAGGCUCAGCCCUGGGAAACAUUGGGUCCUAUGAGUGGGGAAAGGAUAACAGUGUUGUCCUGCAGAGCAGUGCAGUGGCCUACGUAAGUCUGAACUCUCCGGUCAGAGGGACAGAGACUCUGCGAGCUGCAGCUUCACCGACUCUGCUGCAACUCACCUCCGACAUACAGAGGAGACAAUUGCUGAGUUGCAUCCGUGGUGGGAACUGCCCCGGACCCAACGUCAGCUCGCUGCAGUUGCCUGGAGAUGUGAGUUUCUUCGCCAACCAACUGGCUGUUCCCACCGUGGAGUUUGCCUUCGAGCAGACCAAAGCGGAGGAGAACACCGGCUUCCUGUCAGAGGCCCAGUUUUCUGUGGAAUCGCCAGAGACCCUGGACCCACUUUUCAAGUUCCAUGAAACCAUUGCGAAGAUGACGGCAGAAGCCAUUCUCCGCCUGGUCAACGACCCUGUGCUGCCGUUCUACCCUCUGGACAUUGCCCUGGAUGUACAGAACAAACUCAAAGACAAAAGCGUGGUAUCUCCGUCCAUGCUGUCCUCAGCCGCCUCCUUCAGAGAUCACGCAGCUUUCUUCCAGUCAGAAACGAUGCGGCCAGCCAAUGACCCCAAAGAGCGCGACCCCUCCCAUGUGCGAAUGCUGAAUGAUGUGCUACGUGACCUGGAGAAGAGCUUCAUCAUCCCACAGACGCCGCCUGGAGUUUACAGGAACCUGUUAUACAGCCUCCCUGGAAAGACUCCUCUGUUUUCUGUCCUGAGGUUCUCACAGGAAGCCGCCCUGCACUGCAACGUCUCCAGCAAAGCAGUCAAACAAAACGCCACUGACAAGGAAGUGCUUUGCCACAGCACCAUGAACCAGUCUCUGUCUCUCAUCCUCAGGGCCAUCCGGUCAGCAGAGAGGCUGGUGUGUUUCGGCUUGGACUUGUUUGAAAAUUACCAGAGAGAAGCUAAAUGA